AUGUCGGAAGAAGUAUCAUCGGGGUCGGCGGACCCUCACGCGCCAUUGCAAGCGCCUGACCCGACCCAGGCAACCCAGCAAACCGCAUCACUCGAUCAAAUCCAGAGUAUGUUGACAGCCAAAGACGAUACGUCGCGAUUAGUUGGCUUAGCUUUGUUGAAAACCUUGCUCGACAACUCUGAAGAGCUGCGUAAUGAUGCCGGUACCGUUGUUAGCAUAUGGGAGUCCAUCUCUCCAAAGUUUUUGGAUCGGCUGGUGAAGACAGGGUCUUCGACCCAGUCAGCCCAAAAGGACGCAAAGAACAUGGUGGACCUCGCAGUCUCAGUAAUCCAUGUCUUCGCCUUGCUCUUGCCGGAUCAGUCAAAGAGAGACAAGAGACUCGUCGGGAGGUUGCCUCUCCUAGUCUCUAGCUUGCUCCAGAGCUCGGAGGAGACGUCUAAACUGAUCGUUCAGACGAUACUCACCCUCGUUGCAUUCCCAGAAGGCGCCAAGUCCUUCCUCGAGGUUGAGGAUGUCAGUCCCUUGGUCGAGAUUGCACCCAGCAACUCAUCGGCCCUCGAAGUUUUCGCGUUUUCGUGGAUCAACUGCAUGAGCCUGGUACAGGAUAGGACUGCCUUGAAGACGAAGAUAGAUGGGACAGUGCAGGCCCUUGUUUCGACCUUUAAAGGCACCGACGCCGUCACUUUUCUCGAGUUCCUCGGCAAAUUUCUCCGAAAUGCAGACCCCAAGGCCCUCCCGUCGAGCCCGAAGUGGGUCAAACCGACUGUUGACUUCAUCAAGAAGCUCCUCACCAGCAGGCCUACGCCACAGGCCAGGAAUGCCUACACCAUUGCCGCUGCAUCGUUGCUCGAGGUGUACCCGGCCGAAACGUCGAGGCUUCUCUUCACCAGCGACGUGAAAGAAGAUAAGCCGUUUUCGUACCUGUUCAUUACCCUACUUCUCACCGAUACUAGAGCGACUCUGCCGCGACUACUCGAGCUCCUCAAUGACUCUGCAUAUCCAGCCAUUGCACAGCGCCUCGGAUCAUCGUUCGAUAUCACCACCCGAUUCAUUGGAUAUCUCGUGAGGAGCCUUGAUGAUGAGAUGUCAUCGCCGGCAAACAUGAUUAUGUCCGCAGACUUUCUGCUCAAGAUCCGCCGGGUCGUUGCGGAAACCAUGUCUCUCACCAUUGAGUUCUUACGAGACAGAUGGGAUGCAUCCGUGGCAGGAACUUUUGGGCUGCACCCUGAUGCGCGGAUAAAGGAAACAGACACGUCCAUGGGCAAGAUGCUGACAAUUUCGUGGGAGUCGAAAAAGGACAACAUCCAUGAGGACCCCCUGAUCCUCGCAGCUAUCAGGGCCUUAUCGCUCUGGCUUCGCGAGGAUGACAACGACCUCUUGAGAAAGGAGGCGGCCGGCUUGAUGGAUAUGCUCAUUGACCUCUACAAAGCGAGUUCCCCGACACGACUCGACUUCCGCGCCCCGAUCCUGGUAGGCCUGGAGGGUAUCCUCGUCGAGAAGGCAGGCCUCGAGGAGUUCACCACGCACAACGGCUGGGGCGCUCUAACCCAGGACCUUCUAGCCAUACUGCAGCGCACGUCGACGGUAAGUGACGAGAACGAGGCCGCGCGCGCCAUCGAGAUCGUCCGCAUCCUGUUGCCCAUCGUCGAGAGCGAGGAGGCCGGUUCGCGGGAGGAGUGGAUGGAUCUCGUCACCUCGGUGGCCGCCUGGGACGCUCCGGAGGUCGGGCAGCCGCUCGUCGUGCAAGAGGCUCAGGUUGCGGUCCUCCAGCUUACGACCGCUCUGCUCGUCGGCGCGCCGGAGGGGAUGAAGAGGCGAUACAUCCACUCCACCAGCGCUAUCCUCGGCAUCGCUGCGCGGCUGGAGAAACAUGUCGGCGCAGACCAUACGUUGAGGGAGUCUUUGGUCGACGUGUUGCAAACCCUAGGUAGUUUCCGCUAG